UCGAAUUAGAAAAAAUUGCAGACGAUAGUCUUCCAUCUCCCUGCUCCUAGAAUUGAAGUCAUCCUCCAGCUCCGGCCACCGCCCAAUUUUAGGAGGAAACGGUGAACGAGAUGAAGGCAAAGAACUUUCGUAAAAGAAGAAUUGAGGUGGAAGACGAGGAUCAGGACCAAGACCAGGAAAAGAGUUUGGCUUUGUCGUUAGAGGAGGUGAAGUUUCUUCAGAAACAGAGGGAGAAGAAGUCGGGGAUGCCCGCCCUACCGACUGUGCCGUCUGCGGCUGCCGCAACUAACAGUAGUGCGGCUGCUUUGACUCGCACUGUUAGUGAUAAGAAUGAAGGCGAGAUUGAGAAGGACGACUUAGUUUUGCAAGACACCUUUGCCCAAGAAACUGCUGUCAUGGUGGAGGACCCUAAUAUGUUGAGAUAUGUAGAACAAGAACUGGCAAAGAAAAGAGGCAAGAAUAUUGAUGCAGAAAACCAAGUCGAGAAUGAAGUUCAGCGUGCAGAGGAUGAGCUGUAUAAAAUUCCUGAGCAUCUGAAAGUGAAGAAGCUAAACUCAGAAGAGCAGUCUACUCAGUGGACAACAGGGAUUGCCGAAAUUCAGCUUCCCAUAGAAUACAAACUAAGAAAUAUUGAGGAAACAGAGGCUGCAAAAAAGCUCUUACAGGAGAGGAGGCAUGUGGGUCGUCCAAAAGCAGACUCCAGCAUUCCUGCAAGUUUCAGUGCUGACUUUUUCCAGCGUGGCAAGGACUAUGCGGAGAAACUUAGGAAAGACCAUCCAGAGGUUCACAAGGACAAGGGAGCACAGGAAACUGGUGUGGAGGCUAGAAAUCAAGAUUCAGUUGCAGAUGGUGCUGGUCGAAGGCAAGCUGCCACAGAUGAGCUCAUGCUGGACCGCUUCCGCAAACGAGAAAGACAACGGAUGACUCGAAGAUAGCCUGAAUAGUUGUUGGAGUCAUAUGGAAAGCAUUGUUCACUUGUAUUUCUUAUAUAUGCUUCCGUUGGGAGAAUGCCAAGUGCAGCAUUAGCACUCAACACUGAUUUUUUUUCACCAAUUAUAUUCUCUAGUGCAAUCAGUUGAAGAUUUCUUUA